AACAAUUCCCCUGUGAAGCGAAAAUCUUGAACGGAUUGUUUACACUUUGGUAGUUUUCGAUAGUUUGAUAGUUUAGUAGAUUUUCGUUAUAUAAAGAAAAAUGACUGAAGAUAUCAUAAACUUUGUGCAGGAAUGCCCUUGGCUAUAUGAUGCCAGCAGGGCAGAUUUUAGAGAUUCUACAAAAAAACUGAAUUCAUGGAAGAAAUUGGCGGAGUUGUUGAAGACUGAUGUUCAGGAAGUUAAAAAGAGGUGGAGAUCCCUCAGAACUUCGUAUGUGAGGGAAAAACAUCGAAAGCCAAGUGGCUCGGCAGCUGUGGAGAAAAAGCCAUGGGUUUACAUGGAAGCCCUAAAUUUUUUACAAGACCAUGUAAAAGAGAAAAAAGAAACCUUCAAUAAUUUUUCUCAGGAAAUUGAGAAUCAAGCGGAGAAGGAAAAUAUUUCUGAAGCUUAUCCAAGACCAGAAAUAAUUGAAGAUUUGGAUACAGAAAAUGAAGUUGAGUGUGAAAUCAACACAUCAUUUGCUGAUAAUACUCAGGAAAUAUUCUUGCAAAGUGUACCUUCUACUCCAUUACCUUCAACUCCAUUACCUUCUACUUCAGGACAACUCACGAAGAGAAUUAUUAGAAAAAGAAAAGCUGAGGUGAUUCUCAACAGUUUGGAGCAGACUGAUAAUUUGCUAAAAAAACUAUGUGUUGAAGAUAAUGAGGAUGAGCAUUUUUCACAACUAAUGAAAUUUUACUUAAAAGAUGUGCCCACAGAAAGAAAAUUAGACAUACACCUAAAACUUUUGUCUGUUUUGAGAGAAGAAUUAGCGAAAAACAAAUAAAGAAUGCAAUGAAAAA